AUGCACCACAGACGACUUCAACGAUGGAUGAGGCAACGAACGCUGCAACUAUUCAUGGUCACAGCGCUGUGCAUCAUUGGAUUAGAAGGCACGAUGCUGGUGUAUGCAUCGCCCCAGACAAAGGACAACGCCUCAACGCCCGAUCCGGAGCCGGUAGCCCGGGAGGGACCGAACGGGACCACGGCCACGGCUGCGGUGGCCAUGCCCGGCGCUGACCGACAGCGGAGGCUGAUCCCCUACAUGCAGUACUACGUAACGUCGACGGCUGCGCCCGCGGGACCAGAUAAUGGCGACUAUCAGCCGCCGCCGUCGCCAUACAGCCAGCUCUAUAAUUAUAGGCCGAUCCCCCACCGGAAGCCAUACUAUGGCACAGCCGGUGGCCUCAAGGCGCUUCCGGUCAGCGUCAAUCCGUUCACCUACGAGUACAAUCACCGCCAUCAGAGUCCUGUGAAGGUUGUCGGGUCGGGUGGUGGCGCUGGUUCGCCUUCUUCGUCGCACGGGCCCACCUCAUACGCGCUGGUCGGUUCCGCUCCUCAGUCGACCGAGCACGGUGGUCACGGGCCGCAGUCCGCGGUGGACCACGUGGUGGAGGUGUACGAGCGGCCCAAGUAUGCCGUCAUUCCGCGAGAGCGCGACCCGUACGAGGGGCCACGGUUCGCCGGAAAGCUGUACGGUGUCGAGGUGCACCCCAAGUCACAGCCACACGGAGGUAGCAACGAGAACGUCGAGGUGGAUCCGCUUGCCGGGGCGAAGUACUUCCUGCCGACGGUGGCACCGGAGUCGAGGAAACCAGCACUGUAUCAAGCCGUGCCGGUGUACAAGAAGAGCCGCAUCAAUCCGUUCUUGCCCUCCAACACGAUUCCCGGCCCAUUCACACCGAUGGUAAGCGGUUCCUCAGGGGUGGCGCACGUGGAUCCCACCGGGAACCAGGAACCACGGGUAAAGGAGCACGCGGUUCAGGUGACGUUUGUCAAGAGCGUGUCGAAGGAGACGAUACCGCCGUCGGCCGUCGAGUACCAACCGUACGUUACGGCCAGCCCGCCUCAGAGCAAUCGGGUGCACGGGGAAGUGUCCCAGUCGCCGUACCUGCUGGUGAAGACGGUUCCCAAGUUCUACUAUGAAAAGCCACGGAUUGCGCCGGUCAGCUCGACCGCCGCUCCGUAUCCGGUGUACUACAAGGAAAAGCCCAGCGAUGGCCGCAAGCCACAGCAGCAUUUCAACCAUACCGGUUACACUCGUACACGGAUUCCUGUGGCGGUGAUUAGGGUACCAGUUGAGUCGCACCCGGCCAACGAGGGGUUCGCUGAGCCACCACCGAACGCUGGGUACUACAGCGUCGGCAGCUACUACAAGUACCCGGAACAGGCCGCGGUUCCACCGAGACAGCAUCUGACGGAAACCGUGCAUCCCCAGAAGCACGUUGUCCACCAAGAACCACCCGUCAGCAAGGCUCCACCGGCCACACAACCCGGACAAUACUUCCUCGGGGCGAACUAUAAGAUCAUCAAAGUGCCGGUCAAACAGCAGCCUUAUCCGGUCGACCAACCGUACCCGGUGUCGUACGCUCCGCAGCGCGUAAUUCCCAGCACGACGCACGCCCCGAUCGUGUACUCGACCACACCGAGCACUACGCCCGCUCCGGUUCACGAAACUCCGGACUACCACCCCGUGGUCUACCACGGACAGCGUCCGGCGCAGUACCAAGCACCGGCGCGCAGUAACCGGACGGAGUACCGACAACGAUUCUACCCGCAAUCGAUGCGACACCCGAGCCAACACAAACCACGACCUAUUCCGCUGGUUCCGCCAACGGAUCACCAGGAGCUGGGUCUGCCGGCGGGCAGCGCAUCGAGCUCGUUGUCCGAUCUGCUUAAGAGCCUGCAGGACAGCAAUCUGCUGCCGAAAACGCUCACCCCAGACAACAUCGACAACUCGAUCCGGACGCUGGUGAAGAUUCUGAACAACCUGAAGGCCAACGGUCGCCCGACUUCCGAACGGGUUGUGCCCGGGCCUGCGUACGGCAGACGGCAGAACCACACGGUACCGGAACCGGAAGAUGGGUACGUCGAUGCGGAUCAGUAUCAUGGUGGCGGUGGCGGCGGCGCCGGUCCGCCGAUGCUGAUCAACAAGAUCGUCACUCCUGGGCCGAACACGGGCAAACCGGGCAUCGACUACCCGGCGCUGGCCGAGAUUCCCGAGACGAGCUUCUCGUGCAAGGAGCAGCGCUACAAGGGCUUCUUCGGUGAUCCGGAGACCAACUGUCAGGUGUGGCACUACUGCGACCUGAACGGUGGCAAGGCUUCCUUCCUCUGCCCGAACGGAACCAUCUUCAGUCAGGUCGCUCUGACGUGCGAUUGGUGGUUCAACGUGAAGUGUUCGACCACCGCCCAGCUCUACGUGUUGAACGAGCGGCUGUACAAGUAUAUCCUGCCCUUUACUCCCAAGUUCCCGGAAGACUACAGUGGGCCCCUGGUGGACAAAUACUUGGCGCUCAAGUUCCAAGAGAUGGAAGAAAAGAUGAAACAGCAGCGGGCCAAGGGCGCCAAACAGAGCGCGGAACCGCUUCCCAACACGGAACCGGACAACGACGAGGUGAACGGUAACCGGCUGGAGGAUAACGACGACCGGUACAACCAGAACCAACCGUACCCGGUGAAGUACGUCACAACGGAAGCCAUCGCCGAGAGGGGGCCAGUCGUGCCGGCUCUUGCGUCUAAUCCUGCCCCACGACCCGCAUCCCCUUCCGGGGCCAUCACGCUCGAGGACAUCGACGCGGAACUCCAACCGGGUGCAGGCACGAGCACCACGUCGGCGGGGCCUCCGAUGACGUCCGAGGAGGUGGACGAAAGCAGUGUCGUGACACCGGUUUCGAACUAUCGGACGUCAUCGCCCGCGACCACGACACUGAUCAUCAACACCGAGGAGCCGGAGCCGGGGCCCGAUCCGUCGUACCAGGAGGAAAUGAUGAUGAUGAUGCUAGUGGAGCCGGAAGAUCGCGUGGAGCACGAGUACGCGAACGUCGUGGUCGGAGCUACGGAGCAGCCGACGGCCGCACCUUUGCUGGGCAAAGUGCGACGGAUCGAGGUGAAAAACGAUGGCACCAGUGGCCACCUGAUAAGGACGCCCAGUUACGAUCGUAGGCGAAAAAAGUAG